AUGUACGAGCUACUUGAGUAUGAAGCCUCUAUUCUUGUUGAUGUUCACCACGAAAACUCAUUGUUGGUCCUUGCUGAUGGUUUAGGAAUGGAUGCUAUUGUUUAUUCAACAAUCAGGUUACAUUCAGAUCCUCAUAACUUAGUGCUUGUCUCGAAUUAUCGUCUUCCGGAAGCUCGUUUCUUAAUAGGCCUUUUGGAACAAAAUGGAGCAUUGCAUCCACCUGGCAUAAUUACAGCGGAGGUAAACAACAAAGAUCGUGAAGCUAUUUACAAACGAGGCGGUGUGGUAUUCGUCAGCUCCCGCAUACUAGUUGUAGAUCUCUUGAUGGAAAGAAUGCCUGUAUCUUUGGUGUCUGGUGUUCUCAUUCUUCGAGCACAUGAAUUACAUGAAGCAUGUCAAGAUAGCUUCGCCAUUCGACUUCUUCGAGAACGCAAUCCUCAGCUAUUCAUCAAGGCUUUCAGUGACAACGCUUUAUCUCUCACUUCUGGUUAUAAUCAUGCAGAAAGAGUUAUGACACAGUUAGGUAUUUGUAAACUUGUUCUUUGGCCCAGGUUCAAUGUGCAAGUUGUUUCGUGUUUGGAUGAAAGUCAACCUGAGGUGGAAGAGAUUCGCGUAAGGCUGACUCCAGAAAUGAUUAUUUGUCAGUCUUGUCUUCUUGAUCUUAUGAAGGCUUCAUUAAAAGAAUUGUGUGAUCAAAAUCCAACACUGAAUACAGAUGAUCUCACUUUAGAAAAGGCUCUUCUACCGAAUUUCGACAACCUCAUCUCGUUAUAUGUUGAUCCCUUAUGGAAUCAGCUUAGUUUCAUAAGUCGACAGCUUAUUGGAGAUAUUGCUAGUUUGCGGCGUUUACUACGUCUACUAAUUGAAGGUGAUGCAGUCAACUUUUUAACUAACAUAGAAGAUUUACGUCAGGCUGCUUUAUCAAGCUUGGGCAUAGGUCAAAAGAAUGAACUGAAUUCGAAUCCAAGAAGAACUAUUUCAAGGGGAUGUCCUAGUUGGUUUUUGAUGGAUCAAGCUGAUCGCCUUUUAUCAUCCGCCAGGUCUCGUGUAUACAGUGACUACAGCAAAAAGCUAUUAAAUGUUGAACUCAAUCCAAAAUGGAAAGCAUUGCUUGAACUACUUAAGGACAUCCACUCCAAGAUAAUUGACCAAAAGUCAAACAAGACUAUUCUGAUACUCGUUGGUCGUGAAAGUACAGCAAGAUAUCUUGGAAGAUUUCUAAGUCGUGGAAUACGGUCUAUUAAGAAGUUUCUCAUUCGAAAUUCAGAUUUACCUGGACUUCACUCUCAUAAAGUAGUACAAAAAUUAACAGAUCCUGUAACUAAAGUGAAACAGUCGAAGCCGUGUGAAUCUUUAACUACUUUAACGCAAAUGUAUAAAAGCGCUCAGUCGGAAUUAGUUUGUGAAAAAGAUACUGAAAGUAAUGAAGACAGUUCAUCUUCAUGUGAUGAAAGUGAAGCCUCAGAGAAUAUAGUUGAUACCGUGAAAGCAUGUAGUACCCCUCUGCCUCUAGGUUGUUAUGAGGUUUAUGUUCAUCCAAGUUUGUUAGGUUCAUCCGAAGUAAAGAAAUCUAACUCGCUGAAAGUUAUCAUACGUGUAGCGCCAACAUUAUCAGGUGAAGAAAAUAGUCAAUUCUGUGGAAUUACGAAAGAUAAUCAAGAAAAAGGAAGUUUACUUGUCCAACUAUAUGGUUAUCGAUUGUCAUAUAUUUUAGACAUAAUUGAACCUAACCAUGUUGUAUUAUAUGAACCUAGAGUAUCUUGGGUUAGGGAGUUAGAAGUAUACAAUGCACGUCGUUCUGUUCACCACUUUUCAAAACAAGAAUCCUCAAAUAACAUUUGUGGAAGUAACAAUAGCUUGCCUCCACUAACUGUUCAUUUUAUGUUAUAUGAAAAUUCAGUUGAAGAACAACGAUAUUUGACAAGUUUACGUAGAGAAAAGGAGGCAUUCGAAUCUCUAAUUCAGUUGAGUAGUACUAUUGUUAUACCGAAAGAUGCAACAAUACCGUAUGGAAUGAAUGAAAAAUCAGAUUCAAAUGAUAAUCAAAUAUUGCCCCGUGUGAUUGUAGAUAUGCGUGAGUUUCGCAGUGAACUUCCGGCACUUUUACACAGAAAAGGAAUAAAAGUGGAGCCUAUGACUUUGAGCAUUGCUGAUUAUAUCCUUUCUCCUCAUUUAUGUGUUGAAAGAAAAUCUGUCAGCGAUCUGAUCGGUUCUCUUAAUUCUGGACGACUGUUUCAUCAAGCUACUGCAAUGUCUCGCCAUUAUGCAAGUCCAGUCCUGCUUAUUGAGUUUUCCAUGCCUAACAAAGUUUCAAGUGUAAGUCAUGGAAGUACAAGAGGAUUCCGUAGUAAUGAACCAAUUGGUUUUGCCUUAUAUACUGGACGACAUGCGAUUAAUCCAAGUUCAGAAUUUAAUUCUCAUCAUCUUUUGUCGAAGCUUGUUUUAUUAACUAUUCACUUCCCCAAUUUACGAUUAUUUUGGAGUAUGACUCCUUAUUGCACUGCGGAACUGUUUGCGGAAAUCAAACUCGGUCGACCGGAGCCAACUGUUGAAAAACUUCCUCAGGAUGGGGACCAUUUGGAGGAUCAUAAUAUUGAAGCUGUUGAUAUGCUACUAAAAUUACCUGGAGUGUCGUGGAAAAAUUAUCGACGCAUCAUGAAUCAUGUUUCUUCACUCUACGACUUAGUUUCCUGUAGUUUAGAAAAACUGACCGAAAUUUUGGAUAGCAGUGAAUGUGCAACGAAAUUAUACACUUUCUUACAUUCAAAGUGUAUUGAUUCAAUGUCAAGUGCUUCAACAAUUGUAGAUGAUCCUUCUGCUUCUGUGCAAUCAUCUAACCAACCGAAUAAACGUAAAGCAAGAUUAAAUUUAGCAACUAGCGUAAAAACACGUCGCGGAAAAGGAUGUGGACCUAUUAAACAAUCCUAAUCCUGUAAAAUAACGAAAAACCCC